UCCUAUAUCACCUAUCAUUAUGCAUCAACUUACAGGAGAUAUAAAACUCGAAUCGUGUACUUUGCCGGAGGGAUGUUAUAUUAUGAUUCCAAUAUUUGCCAUUCAUCGUAAUCCUGCGUACUGGCAUAAGCCGUUGGAAUUUAUUCCUGAACGAUUUUCAGCCGAAAAUUCAUCAAGUCGUUUUCGUUAUAUAUAUAUUCCGUUUGGUACAGGCCUCAGGGAUUGCAUAGGUCAGAGAUAUGUACUUUUAUCCGUGGCGACGAUAGUUGUAAAUCUGAUCCGACGAUUUCGAUUUGUGAUGACUGGCAGCGUAGAUGACAUUAAAGUAACAGCCGAUUUCUUGUUUCGAGCUCGAGAUGUCAAAAUGUCUAUAUCUCGUGUGCGAGUUAUUAAUAACAGCGAUUUUUACAAUGAUUGAUAACAUUGUAAUUAAUUAAUAAUUAUGAAUUUUAAUAAUUAUAACAGAUUAUUAUUUUAAUUUUUGUGAGUCAAUCUCACAUAUGCGCACACGUACUAUAAAUAUACACUA